AUGAAGGCCUCACUCGUGCUCCUGGGCGCAGGCUCUGCCCUCGCCUUCCGGGAGUCCAAGAUCAUGUCAUCGGGCUCCGGUGAGAUGUGCAUCUCGUCACAGCUGCUCGCCGCCUCGUCGGGCGAAUUCGUCUGCCGCAACAACAAGGACGGCUCGGGCCUCUUCUACAACGACCGCGAGGACCAGCAGUUCCCCUUGGCGGGCACGUCAUCCCCCUUCACAUCCUCGCCCCUCUCACACUCGGUCUGGACGCACUCGACCCCCUGCUUCAAGAACAGCACCGACAGCCCCAAGUUCUGCAUCUACCACGCCGGCAGCUACGCGUCGGGCAAGGGCAUCUCCAUCAUCACCGAAGCCGACCGCGCCGCCCACAUCACCCGCUCCCGGGGCUUCACACAUCCCGAGGAUCUCGAGGGCACCAACCAGCCGCUGCGCAAGUUCCAGGUCGCCAAGGUUCCCGGCAAGGACUACGGCCUCGUGGCCACGCUGCCCAUCCGCCGCGGCGAGAUCAUCCUCCGCGAGACGGCCAGCCUGCUCAUCGACUACGCCGCUUUCACGCACAUCCCCCCCGAAGACAUGCGCAAGCUGCAGGCCCAAGCCAUCGACUACCUACCCUUCCCCCACCGCGGCGAGUGGCUCAACAUGUCGAGCCACGGCUACCAGGGCGACCAUAUCUCCAUGGUCGACAAGAUCCUCAUCACCAACUCUUUCGACGUCGAGAUGGACGACAAGCGCAGUGACGACUUUUACGCCGUCUUCGUUAACACCUCCCGCAUGAACCACGACUGCCGCCCUAACGUGGACUACUAUUUCGACCCGCGCACGCUGACGCAGCGCACCGUCGCCCUCCGCGACAUCAUCCCCGGCGAGGAGCUGACGCUCUCGUACAUCGACCCGAUGCAGUCGCGCGAGGCCCGCCGCGAGCGCCUGCACUCGACCUGGGGCUUCCACUGCUCCUGCCACCACUGCACGCAGCACCGCCUCAAGACGGAGGAAUCGGACCGCCGCAUCGAGCAGAUCUCCGCCCUGCGCGAGGAGUUCAACGACUACACGCCCGCCUCCCGCGCCACCCCCGAGAUGGCCCAGCUGCUCAUCUCCCUCUACGAGCAGGAGCAGCACUGGGGCCUGCUCAGCGAGGCCUACACCCUAGCCGCCAUCGAGUACAACGGCGUCGGCGAGCCCUGGCUCGCCACAAAGUACGCCCGCCUCGCCGUCGAGGCCGGCCUCACCACCCACUGGGAGGGCCACGGCGACGUCGUCGAGAUGAGCAAGCUCGCCGAGGACCCCUGGUCCCACUGGAGCUGGAUGCUGCGCACCCGCAAGCGCUACAGCUGGGGCGGCAAGCCCGGCCGCUACGACGACGACGGCGACGACGACGAGUAA